CCCCACAGGGCCAGGCAAGGUCUGCAGUACUGGUGGGUGAUGCCUCAGCCAGGUAAGGAGGUGAUGGGGACAGUCCCCUCCMAUGUGGCAGGAUUGGCUGGUGCUCGCAGUGCCAGCAGUGGCUCUGCUUUCCUCUUUCCCCUCAGAUGUAAAGCACUUGAGAUGCAGGAAUUGCCCUCUGUGGCUCUGAGCAGAGUUUCAAUCCUGAUCCAUUUUGGCAGUUCCAUUCAGAAGUGAUGGAGAAUUUAGGGGAUUUCAGGGCAAACAUGAUCCAGUGCCUGCAACAUCUCCUGGGUCUCAGGAGCUGGUCUCUCUGCCAAAGUAUCUCUUCUGCUUGUUCCCAGGAGCACUCCUGCCAGCACAGCAGUCUCAGAGAUGGUGCAACCACCCUCAGAGCUCAGGCAUUUCCUCCUGAAAUAAGUGGGAGUAGUUUUAAUAGGAAAACCUAUUCCAGAAAGGGAAUCUCUUCCUAUUGGGGAACAAUGCAGAACCAUCACUGCCAGCCUGGGAUCUGCAGGGACCUGUACACCAUGUGCUCUUUAAUUUAAUAGCCUGGAAGAUGUGAAGGUCUAUCUGCAUGUCAUUAAAGUCCUAGUGAAACCCCAGAGAGUGUUUGUCAGUGCUAGCRCCAGCAAAGCUUGGGAUUGUCCCUCUCACCCCCACAGCUCUUUUGCUGGCCAGAGAAGCCAAAUGUCCUCAGUUUCCCUCCCUGCCCUUGCAUUGCACAUCAUAUUUUUUAAGCUCUUGUGAGCUCUUUGUCCCUCGCAAGGUCCUUCCUUCUCACUGUGUUACGCUGCAAGAAAUACAGAAAGAACAAGAUGGGAACUGAUAGCCUGGAGGAAAAAAAAAGUGUUUUCAUUAAAAAUGACAAAAUUAACCACAUUUCCCCUUAUUAAUUCCCUCCUUACAGCAUUUCCAGUCCAGGCACGUACCUGYGAUGCUCCCCUGGACCCGUGUGGUCCAGGAGCAUCACUGAGGUGUGUGUGUGUGCGCAUGUCUGCGAGUCUCCCGGUCGUCUGAGCAACGGGACAUUCAUCACUAACUCCCAGGAUAAUUAACUCAUUUUCCUGUAUUUAUACCAAACCAGUACACGGAGUGUUGGCACUUACCCCUGAUGGGGCCACGUUUGGCCACAACAUUUUGAAUUUUGGCCAUUUCUUGCAUUACGGCGGCUUUGUCAUCAUCCCCGCUGCCUGCUCAUUAAGCAGGCAGCUCAUUAAUCUGAGGAGAGCAGGGGUGAGCCAGGCUGCCUGUGGACACCUCGGCGUGCCCCGCUCCUGGUUUGGUGGUGYAGGGGGUGUUUGCAGCAGCACUCCCAUCUCCAGAUGCCUGCAUAYGCCUGUGCUAACAGCAGCGUCGCUCCCGGCUUGGCCGCUGGCAAGGGAAUGUUUUACUGCUUCAAGGUUUGUUGCAGGGAUGUGAUGCAAGGAAACGUUGGAGCAUCCUGACUCAGCACCGCAGCGGUGGGRGACCCGUGGGAAAUACACGGAGCAUCUUCUCUCGGCGUCAGGGCAUGCGUAUGCCAGCAGGGGAUGAGCGAGGAGCAGCUCCCUGCAUCUCCCCACUGCCCCACCACGCCMGAGGACACCAAUGUCUCAGCCUCUGGGUACCCCCAGUACUGGGUGGAGCCCCAGUUCACUCAAGCAGCGAAGGUCCGUGUGAUCAUCACAGCCAUUUUCUUCCUGCUGGCGGCAGGCAGCAACGCAGCGGUGCUGGGGAGCCUGCUGAGGAAGAGGAGGAAAUCCCACGUGCAGCCGUUGAUCCUCAGCCUAGCACUGGCCGACCUGCUGGUGACAGUGAUGGUGAUGCCCCUGGACGCRGUGUGGAACAUGACAGUGCAGUGGUAUGGAGGGGAUAUCUCCUGCAAGAUCCUCAACUUCCUCAAGCUCUUYGCUAUGUACGCAGCUGCCCUGGUGCUGGUGGUCAUCAGCCUGGACCGGCACGCAGCCAUUCUCCAUCCAUUCUCCCGUGCUCACCGCCGCAAUGGGAUGCUGCUCCGCGCUGCCUGGGCUGGCAGCGUGCUUCUGGCUUUGCCUCAGCUUUUCCUCUUCCAUCUGCACACAAUCCCAGGAGGGAACUUCACCCAGUGUGUUACUCACGGAAGCUUCCGAGCACACUGGGAGGAAACCGUCUACAACAUGUUCACCUUCACCACCCUCUACAUCACCCCCCUGAGCGUCAUGAUCGUUUGCUACAUCCGGAUCCUUUGGGAGAUCAGUAAGCAGCUAAAGGUCAAUAAAGGUUUGACAAGAAAUCAAAACGACCACAUCUUCAAGGCACGCAUGAAGACUCUCAAGAUGACCGUAGUGAUUGUUGCCACCUUCAUCAUCUGCUGGACCCCAUACUACCUCCUGGGCUUGUGGUACUGGUUCCAGCCAGCCAUGAUCCAGAAGAUGCCAGAGUAUGUCAACCACAGCUUCUUCCUCUUUGGAUUGCUGCAUACCUGCACUGACCCUAUCAUUUAUGGAUUGUACACCCCCUCCUUUCGGGAAGAUGUGCAGUUGUGUCUCAGGGGUAUCGAAACAGCCAUCACCAGGCAAAAGAGACAAAAACCCAUCUCAGGCUCAGAGAAGAACAUUAAAGACGGUGCUGCAAAGGAUGGGGUGGCAUCAGGCUCCAAUGGGACAACUGUCAGCACAGUCUGAUGAAGAGACAUACCCACAAGGGACUGGGAGGCAUAGCUUUGGGGCUGUUUUGUCCUACAGGACCAUUCUGGAGACUGUCAUGAUGAGGUUCCCUACUCAGCUUUUGUGGGUGAGAGUCUCUGGCCAGGAACUGAGAAUGUGUCUCCUGCCUGUACUCAGGGUGAAAAACAUUUGGGGGUAUUUAUGGUCAUUCUGCUGCAUUCUGGCAGCACCGUGACAACUGAAAAACAUCCGUUUUGUACCUGAUKCAUGCUCCAGCCCUGAUUCUGGGAUCAAGCUUCUCCACACUUCCAGCAUCAACCCCUGGGAGGAAAUUUGCCAUCUCCUCUGUGGUCCAGGAUCAUGUCCCUGGGAUGGCCAGUCUUCAAGUGCCCUUUGCACGUACAUCCAGUUGUAGAGCUGCAUGGAUGCUGUCACCCUGAGGCUGCAAAGGUGUGAUCACAGCCUUUUACUUUGUUUUCUCCACCUAUUGUAGGAAAAGAUCUCUGGAAAUUUCACGUCUCCUGACUCAGAACCUGUCUGGUUCUCCCAUGGCUGUGUGACAAGCUCUGGGAAAGCUCUAAAUAUCUGGAAGUUGACUAAUGCAUGAGCAUUCAUACCCCAGGCAUGGUGGGGAGGGAGGGAGUGCUGUGGGGAUGGAGGGGCUUGAGCAAGAAUGAUGCAAAGAACCAUAAUGGGGUGGGGUGAGGUUUUUACUCUGUUUUGAGGACAGCCAGAAGAGAAAACAGUCCCUGCAAUCAUUUUCUGGUACAGACAGACACAUGCUCACACAGCAGCUCUGUGGACACAGAGCAAACUAGGAUGGAGGGUAUUUGGGGCAACAAGAACCAGACCUGACACUGCCCAGCCCCCCUAAAACUUUCUGUCCCCAUGCCAGGUUGCAGGCCACAUGCUGGACACAUUUGCUUUGCCCUAAGCAACACCAGCCCYUAGGCUCUGCCCCAACAGGGCAGGUGCAGCCACUCCACAGGUGAUGUCCSAGGUGUCCCAAUGAUGGCAGGAGAUGUGAAGCAGCUGGUUGGUAGAGGAGGUCCAUCAGCACCUAUUAGUGCCAGGUGGAGGCAAGUGAAGGUAAGGAGAGCUUCUGGAGGGAUCAGCUGAGCUGGGGUAACAUGGGUUGUUUGCUUUCUACCGCUGUGCCAAAAGUUGCUUGUGAAGACAGACGUUUCUUCUCUGGGUGUGGCUCGAAGAGAUGAGUUUAUUCAACUGUGUUGUCCUUUCCAGGUAAUUAGAAAUAGUGGAUUAUUUCUUUUUUUCAUUCUCUGAUGAUUGUUAUUGAAUGUGGGGUUUGCUUUUGAACAGAAAUGUAGUUUUGAGCCAGGUGGGUUGUUGUUUUCUUAGUUUAGUUAAAUGUUUGGACAGCUCAGGAGCUCUGGACUUGGCAGGAGGCAGUUCCUUGGCUAUUUUUGUGGCCACCGCAGUUUGAAUGAGCAUCUGGACUUUAUCAGGAUGAAAGAGCUUUGUUUCAAAAACAACUCUUUUCUUGCUGUGGUUGUAUGUGUAGGGAGCUGGGUCAUGUCUUCCCCUCAAGAAAGCAAAUCUCCUUUGGGCACUGAGGGGACUUUUUCUCGACCCUGUUUCCGAGAGGGGCUGGGUCCCUAUUAGCCAGAAAGGCUCUGCACUGGUCUCCCAGUGCCCCAGCCAGCAAAUUAUUAAAGUUGGAAGGGUGGCAAGUAGUCCUUGCAGGCUGGCUGAGCCUGGGCAAUGAGGACACAGGAAGCCACAAUACUCAGGGUGAUGCCAAGCUGUAGAUGGGUAUUCAGCCCUUGCCUUUCUGGUACUAAUUAUUAUUUAUGCUAAACACGUAGCCCAAGGAGAAAACAAAAAAAAAAUCAAUUAGAACUGCAGGAGCCCAGACCAACUGGUGGGGAUUAGUUUGAGCCAUUUAGGAAGCAUCCAAACUCCAAGGAGAUGCGUAAUCACAGUUUUGCUUUCCUGGRCUUGUUCUGCUCAAUUACCCAAUGCUAAUGGAGGGGGGGCUGGCUUAUGCCAGGCUGGCAAAAAAGGGCUUCUUGAAAGGUGAUGGGAAUGGCUUGCAGUAGGGGAAGCUAAUUUAUUCCUCAGACACUCCUUUGGUCUCUUUGUUUACGCUGCUGAUGUGAGGCAGACCUUGAAGGUGUGUUGGUUUUCUGGCAAGCUGUGAAUAAGUAGGAAAGUGUCUUUAAUCUAGUGAAAAUUGUCUUCAUCUACUUUUUGCUGAGUGGGAGAGAACAGAUCCAACGUUGCUCAUGCACUUAAGACCACAUGUCUCCUCUUGCCCAGCAGCAGGGGAGCUCAGAGGUCUUCUCCGAGGAGCAAGAAACACUUUUUUUUUCCUUGUGGGAAGGAUCCACCAUCUUAAUACCCCACGAGUACAGUGAAAAGGCAAGAACAGGUUUGGCUUUAGGGGGACUUGAUGAUCUUAGAAUCAUUUAGGUUGGAAAAGAUCUCUAUGAAGAGAAGGAAAACUGGCAUGCUGGAAAGAAUACAUACCUUAGUCCUUAGGGGAAGYAUGGCACAUCCCCAGGGAURCUUGCUGGCACUUUAKUUCUGUUCC